UACGACGGCCUCCAAAGAAUGACUGCAUUCAAUCACUCAUCGAAAUUCUACGUCCGGUCGAACUUGUAUUCUGCAUUGCGACAGUUUCGGAAAGCCAAUGAGGACAUAAAUCUUUGGGUCGAUGCCGUGUGCAUAAAUCAGGACAAGAACGACCCAAAGGCUUUGAUAGAGAAGACGGCGCAGGUCGCACGAAUGCACGAGGUAUACAGCCAAGCAGAUUCGGUUUGGGUCUGGUUGGGAGAAGGCACACCCCAAACAAAGGAGACCUUCCAAUUCCUUAAAAGUAUUCUGAACCUUAAUACCUUCGAAGAUCUCAUCAAGACAAAGGAGAAUCCAGAUAAGUGGUAUCUUUUGGUACAGUUGAUGCGGAAUCAGUGGUUCAGCAGGCGUUGGGUGAUUCAAGAACUGGCACUCGCUAGAGAAGCCGUUGUCUAUUGGGGAACUUCAAAGAUGAUGUGGCCAGAUUUCGCGGAUGCCAUUGCCCUUGCCAUGACAAAAUAUCAGGAGAUCAAAGAUAUCUUGAAACUGGCGAGGAAAAAAUGCUUAAUCAGACAAGACGUUGACAUUCCAGAACCUCGUGCUCUUGGCGCCAAUACACUCGUCAGUGCUAGCAGCAAUCUCUUUCGCAGGACCGACGACGGCCAUAUACAGCAGCACCUAGUUGACUUGGAAUUCCUUGUGUCAUCUUUAUUCCUGCCAUUUGAAGCAUCAGAGCCGCGAGACACGAUAUAUGCUGUUCUUUCUCUUUCAAGAGAUACCACAGCACAAACUGAUAUGAUACACCGUCUUAGCUGGCCUAAGGCACUGCAUCCGCCGAAUCGCACGAUUGGGAGUCUCUUUUCGGCAUUGCUCAGCAUAUUCCAUUAUUUCCUCGUCCCAACACACCAAGAUCAAGCGCCUGCUUUGGAGGAGCAUUGCAUGGACGAUCGUCUGGUCCCCAAUUACGGCAAGAGCCUUACUGAUGUCUGGGCCGACUUUAUGGAGUACUGUAUUGAAAGAUCCCAAUCACUAGACAUACUCUGUCGACCUUGGGCUCCUCCACCGCGAGACCUGACUUGGCGCGAAGCUCUGGAGCUUGAAAAGGCCGCCUUCGAAAUAAAAUCAGCACAACAGAACACGAAUGAGACUAGUGCUCUGAAAGGAACUGAUGCUCCGUCUGUGCCCAUUGAGCUAUCGCGGACAGUGUCCAAGAAGUUCGAUGGUACAUUACAUGUCAAAGGAUUCAAGAUCGAUACGGUAGAAAGAGCCACUGGAAGAGUGCUCGAUGGAGUGAUACCAGUGGAGGGCCUUAAGUUUGGAGGUUGGAGGAAACAUCCAUCGACAGGCGAAUAUCCCGACAGAGUUCCAGACAUCUUAUGGCGCACACUCGUUGCUGAUCGAGACCUUGAUGGUAUGACUGCUCCAACAUGGUAUCGCCGUGCCUGCCUUGAAUGUCUACAGCACACGAACGCAGAUGGUGACCUGAACACAAAGGACUUCAAAGACUUGGAUGAUACUCCGGACACAAUGAAAACGUUUCUCAACAGGAUGCAAGCAAUAACAUGGUGCAGACGUUUUUUCUUGACCAAGGGAAAGGAGAACCAAGCUCACAAGUCCAAGCCAUGGUAUGGCCUAGGUCCGCGAGACCUUGCUGAAGGAGACUUGAUAUGCAUACUGUUCGGCUGUAGUGUUCCAGUAGUGCUGCGAAAAGUAGCUACGACAGAAUGCUACAACUUUAUUGGAGAGUGUUAUGUCCAUGGAAUGAUGGACGGCGAGAGUCUUCCACCCAGGCAACGAUUACCUCUCAGCCAUCCGUAUGCGAAUGUGGGUGGAUUCACGUUGGUCUGA